AUGGAAGUAUCAGGACGAAAACAUGGUAGGGAUAAAGGUGAGAUCUUGUGUCAGCCGUGUCAUGGGGAAGAUGACGAAGUUCCAGCUGAAGAUUACUGUGAGAAUUGUAAUGAAUACUUCUGUUCAUCAUGUCUGAAGGUUCAUCGUAAAAUGGCGGUGACAAAGAAUCAUGUGAUCAAAUCGAAAGCAGACAUGCCGAGAACCAAUGUUCAGUCAGACCCUUGCGUAGAGCCAUGCGAUAUCCACAGGACUGAGAUAGUAAAGUACUAUUGUCAUCAACAUGAUUCGGUCGGUUGUGGUGAUUGUAUGGUUAUAGAUCAUAAAACCUGCAACGUUGAGCUGGUUUCUGAUGUGUCCGGUAACUAUCAUGGUAACAGUGGAGAAAUUGAAAUGACCAAAGAAAAUAUAAAGGAAAUAGAGAGAAGAAUCAACUUCUAUUAA